AAAGUGACAGUAAAACUAGUGCCUGUCAAAAUCCAACCCUUACAUUAUUUUUCAUUUCCAGGUUGGUUUUACAUUUUAAUCAUGACGAAGGAAGGCGAAGCGCCUUAUAAAGAUGAUAAUAUAUUUAGAGCGUUUAUGAGUGCUCUUUACGCGACCAUCGAUGCGCCUGUAACUCAAUUCCGAGAGAAAAUCGUUGAGCCGAACCAGAAGAAGUACCCAUGGUACCACCAGAAGUUCCGCCGCGUACCUACCAUCGAUCAGUGCUACGAUGAUGACGUGCUCUGCGAUUUCGAAGCGAACUCCCAGUUUAAACGUGAUAGAGCUGUGGACUCUGAAAUCUUAGCCAUCUUGCGUCAACGUUUUGAGGACUGCAUGGUGUAUGAAAACCCUGACCACCAUGCUAAGUGUAAACCUCUUUGGGAAAAAUACAAGGAUGGUGAAGAAGCCUGGUUCAUCAAAUAUGGUGAUCUCGGAGCUUACGGUGAUGCUCGCAAGGCGUACAUGAAGCAAAAGCACCGCAUGAUUUGGGAGAGGCGCCACGGAAACCUUUCCAACUUAACUACUGGUAAAUGAAUUCUUGGCUCACAGUGCCACGAUGAAUUGUGUUAAUGUCUAAGUAGGUGGUAUAUGCUGUUGAAAUAAAGAAAGUAAAUUAUAGUCCA